AACUACAGCUGAUUGUGGGCUGCCCUGCUUCUUGCAUGGAACUGGAACUGUAUGGACCUGACGACAAGUUCUACAGCAAGCUGGAUCAGGAAGAUGCACUGCUGGGCUCUUACCCCGUAGAUGACGGCUGUCGCAUCCAUGUCAUUGACCACAGUGGUGCCCACCUUGGGGAGUAUGAGGACAUGUCCAAGGUGGAGAAAUACAAGAUCUCACAAGAAGCGUAUGACCAGAGGCAAGACUCAGUCCGCUCCUUCCUGAAGCGCAACAAGCUGGGCAGAUACAACGAAGAAGAACGGGCACAGCAGGAGGCCGAGAGCGCCCAGCGCCUCAGCGAGGAGGAGGCCCAGGCCCGGGCCAUCGCCGUGGGCAGCCGCUGUGAGGUGCGGGCGCCCGGGCAGCCCCCUCGCCGGGGCACCGUCAUGUAUGUAGGACUCACAGAUUUCAAGCCUGGCUACUGGAUUGGCGUCCGCUAUGAUGAGCCACUCGGGAAGAACGAUGGCAGCGUGAAUGGAAAACGCUACUUUGAAUGCCAGGCCAAGUACGGCGCCUUCAUCAAGCCAUCCGUUGUGACAGUGGGGGACUUCCCCGAGGAGGACUACGGAUUGGACGAGAUGUGACACCCAACGAAGGGCACACCCCUGCUCUAGCUGACUUGCUACUCACUGCCCUUCCGUAUGUGUGCCCACGGCCCUCUCCCCUGACCCUGUUUUUAUUUUAUUCUCAUCACCAUUGCCAUUGACUUUUGAGACCUGUGUAUUAAAUCUGCCAGAAACCUGG